CACGUAGUAUAUUUUCCAUGGUGAAUCCAGAUAAGAAGUGGCGGCUGGAUCGUAUGUUAAAGGAGCACGGGGAUAAGGGUAAAGUUCCACCUCCUUCUCGUAGCGCAGACACACAAUGUGUUCCAUCAUUCGACGCUACAGCUGAAGUCGUUGUUCAAAGCUCUGGUCCUAAUGACGCUCACGAACUUAAUGCAGACGAGGGAAAUCAGCCAAUAACAAAUCACCGACCUCGCCGAAUUCACGUACACAGCGAUACAACGGAGAUUAUCCCCGAUUCUGAACCAACCCGUGCAGAACAACAAGCAUCCACUCCUACACAUCGCUCGCAGCCCAAGGUUCAAACUCCAGUGAAACGGCAGGUGCCUCAAGGGAAAAGUCGUAUGAAUUCUCCACCAGGAGAGGUUGUGGACGAUUCUUUUGAGCCAACAAAUACUGUUGAAGAAGAGA